UCGUCCAUCACCGUUGCGAGGCGCUACUGAGUAAACCGAAGAGAUGAUGAUGGACCGUCGGCUUUCUCCCGAAUAGCAAAGCGGCUUAACAACUUUUCACUUUUUCCUUUAACAUUUUCUAUUCACACACACACAGCUAGUGAGACAGUUUGUGAGGCUUUAGAUUGAGCUGAGCGUUAAAACUCGAACUGUAACGCACUCACAUUAAACACGGCUUUAAUGGUAAUGCAUGCACGGAAACAACCGAGACUCACUGAUGGGUGUAACGAGCGAAGGGAUUAUCAGUCUUACCAGACCCUCAAGUACCAAUCCAAAAGUCACUCUGCAAACGAGCACCGUCAUGACAAGCUCCACAACACAUCGGACCAAACUCCACCGAGCAAGAUGCUGCGGCGCUCCGACAGUCCGGACGGCAAGCGAGGUGAUGGAGACGGGAGAACACCUCACACACACCGACCCAAAGAGAGCAGCACCAGCUCUUCUCCACAUGAGAACUCUGUCAAUCACGGCCAUCACAGCUCCAACUCUCACUCACUUCCACCCAAAUGUGCAGAAAUGCGUGAUCCGGCCGACGACUGGUCCGAACACAUCAGCUCGUCGGGAAAGAAAUACUACUACAACUGCAGAACGGAGGUGUCACAAUGGGAGAAGCCCAAGGAAUGGCUGGAGAGGGAGCAGCGACAGAAGGAAGCCUCUAAGGCCGUUGUGGUCAACAGUUUUCCCAAAGACAGAGAUUACAGACAGGAGGCCAUGCAGGCAGCCGCAGCGAGUGCUGUCACUGCUAUGAAGCCCGCGCCGUCUGAGAAGGCGUCGUCUCAUUGCGGUUUCUCGCAGGCGUCCUGCAGUGCCUCCAGCGGCCCGAACGUCUCGAGCGCUCCCAGUUCGUCGACGCCGUCCUCGUCGCACUCCUCGGCUCUCCUGCAGGACCCGGCUCUCCUCAGGCAGCUGCUCCCGGCGCUCCAGGCCACGCUGCACAUCAACAACUCCAGCGUGGACAUGGCCAAGAUCAACGAGGUCCUCACAGCUGCUGUCACCCAAGCUUCCUUACAGUCUAUGCUUCAUAAACUUCUCACUGCUGGACCGUCUGCUUUCAACAUCACUGCUCUGCUUUCCCAAGCCGCUCAGUUGUCCACACAAGCUCAGCAGCCGAGCCAGUCGCCCAUAUCCGUAACUCCAGAUGCCUCAUCGCCCAAGUCCUGCCUCGUGUCUCCCCGUGUGAGCACGCCUCAGACGAACAGCAUGGCCUCGAAACCCCUCCCGAACGCCAGCUCUUUGCCGGCUCAAAUAAAGGUUAGUGAGUCGGUGGUGAAAUCGGCGCUCCAGCACUCCUCGGACAAAGCGCCGGACGUCGAGGACCCGCGGCUUCAAAGGCAAAACAGCCAAGGUCCUCCAAGUUCAGGGCCGAACGGGUGCCUGAUGAAUAACAGCGCGCCUGCAUGUCCUCCAACCACCUUCAGCCCGUCACUAGCACUGCACUUCAACGAGAAUCUCAUUCGACAUGUUCAGAGCUGGCCUUCAGAUCACGUAGAGAAGCAGGCGGCGAGGUUACGCGAGGACGUCCACAACAUGGGCAGCAUGAACAUGUCUGAGAUCUGUGUGGAGCUGAAAAAGCUGCGCUCUCUGGUGCGAGUGUGUGAGAUCCAGGCUACACUGAGAGAGCAAAGGAUCCUCUUCUUGAGACAAGAGAUCAAGGAGCUCGAGAAACUGAAGAACCAGAACUCCUUCAUGGUUUGAGAAGCGGUGACGUCGGUUUAAGCAGAAGUAACUCAGCAGCUGGCUGCCAUUUCUGAACCGUGGAACUACAGACUGGACUGGACUGGGCUGGGCUUUCUCUCCAAAGCUGGAGAACCAAAAAAAAAUAGAAAAAGAAAAUAAAAAGCUCACCAAGGGUCACGCUGUCCGCUACAUAAAGCCCCGAGGUUCAUUGAUAGAUUCAUCUUUGUACAUACACUUCUCUAUAUUGAGUCAGUAAACACCAAGAGCAACACAAACACAAUAGGGCAGCGUGUGGGGAAGGUUCCCGAUAAAAAUGGUUUAUUUAGGAUGAGAAGGAAAGAUCUGAGAAGGAACUCUUGAAUAAACAGCGUAUUAAUUUGCGCCGUAACUUUUGUUUCACUCCCAGUCUCACAGGCUAGUCGUUUAGGAUUUUUACAAUCCGGUUUCACAAAGAGUGUGCGUCCGUCGUGGACACAGACCGGAUAUAUCUGUCCUAAAUAAACAAAGCUGUUUAUCCGGUCAGAGAGGAUCCUGUCUGAUUACUUGUCAUGUUUAAUGUGCUUCAAUACGGCCUUGACAUUUUCUACUAAUUUUUUGUUUUGUUUUGUUUUUUAAACUUGUGUAAUAGGUCAUCUAAGGUCAAAGCUUAUUCAAAACUUUCCCUUUCCAUAUGCUUCUAGAGUGACGUCUCUACACCCUGAAUUCUGACCCUGAUUUCCACACAGUGAUUGAUUUCCACCCGUUCAGGCGUUCAUUAUGAUUUACGACAGCAUUUGCACUAACUGAUUUGAUAUGAACCCACUUUGUGUAUCGAUCUUUAACCCAACUUAUUCGCUGUAAGUACUUAACGAGGCUCAAUCCAUUAAACCUCAUUUUGCCUCUG